GACAAGGGUAACCUGACCACUUUGGCCACCCAGUCUGUGCAUGGUCCGAUCACGAAUCUCGUACUGCAUACGACGCGUCGUGUGAAGGAGCGUCGCUCAUCAUGCCAUGCGAUUCCAAGCGCGGGCACGUGGCGGCGGCCUGCCGCCUGGCAAAAUGGCGUGUUUUUAGUCUCCCAAGAUCAUCACUCUUUGAUUUCCACGCAUUCGCGCCGUUGAUUGGCCAAACGAAUUACAUGGCGCCUUGCGCUUCAAAGUGCAAAGCCGCCAAGCCACGAUGACGCUCAACCCGCCUCGGUACAAGGUCGAGUGGGAGAUGGCGACGCCGUCAGGCCCGUCGGUGCCGCCAGCUCCCGCCGCGUCGUCACCUCAGGAGGUGCCGCGUACCCCCGCUGAGCGCUUCGGCCACGCGGCCGCCAAACUCUCUUCGGACACCGUCGUGGUCUACGGCGGGCGCGGCGAGAGCCUAAACUUUUACGAUGCGUGGCUGCUCACGCUCUCGUCCGACGUGCCCAGCGCGCAGGACAACACCGCGACCGAGUUUGCGCGCGCUGCACACUGGACGCCUCUCACGACGAUCCGCCAAGAUUUGCAGGCUUUCCACCGGUUCCAUUCGAUGCACGCGGUUGGCAACACCGUCUACGUCUUUGGCAACCGCCUCGUUGCGCGCGAGCAAGCAGCGACACCAAUGGACUCGAAACGCAUUCCAAGGUUUGCCGACAUGUCGGGCUUUGAGGUCAAAAAAUUCAUGGUCGGGCCCGAUCUGCGCACGAUUACGUGGGCCGACGUCGCAACCAGUGACGCGGUGCGAGUAGACAUCCCGCCGCGCGUGGGCCACGCGAGCGUCCUCUUGGAGGACGGCCGCAUCUUCCUCUUUGGUGGGCAAAACGCCGACGGGAGCACCUACUACAACGACUGCAUGCUCUUCGACCCGAGCACCGAGUCGUUUCAGCACCUGGCGGCGUCCAGCUACCGCCCGUCCGGGCGUGCGUUUGCAGGCAUGGUACCGUUUGGCCCACACAAGGUGAUUUUGCACGGUGGCAUUGGCCCGUCAAAGUUUACACUCGCGAGCCCGUUGUCGCAGCUCUAUUCGCAAACCGACUUGUCGCAACCUCGAGCGUCGACCAAGACGACGGUGUUUAGUCACACGUACGAGUACGACCUGCGCUCGGACUCGUGGGCGGAACUCUCGCUACCCUUUGAGAUGGGCCUCCACAACGAUAGCACCCACCGCCUCCGCCACAGCAUGGUGUCGGUCCCGGAUGGCUUUCUCAGUUUCUCGGGGGUCAUGUCCAAACGCGGAAAUGGCGGCGCCAUUGCAGGCACGGUGCGAGCACCGUCACAGUGUGCUUUUUCCCCCAUCACCACGGACGGUGUCGUGCCUUCCGAUCGCAGCGGCGCCACCUUCGUCUCCGUUACCCCCGACACGAUCCUCUGCGUCGGCGGGCGAGUCGGUGGCAACUUUGACACUGCCGUGUACAUUGGCACCAUCCGCGCGAUCGCGCAAGCGCCAACGCCGUCGCAAGGGUCCAAGCGCAAGCGAUCCAUCGACGCUACGGAGAGCCAUCGACCGGCGACGCGAUCCCGAACGAGCGAUGCCAUGGGGGCCAAGACACGGCCCCCGACCGACGGCCACCCUGUGCCCCCCGUCUCGGCCAUGCCACGGACUUCGAACGACGACAUGAAUGCUGUCAACAAGAACCUCACCGAGCAGCUACGCAGUAUGGAAGAGCACCGCCAGAAGCAGGAUGCGAUGGUCCUGUCGCUCAUGAAGCAGAAUGGACAGCUGGAGGUCGAAGUCAAUUCGCUUCGCCUUCGCAACCAAAGUCUCUUGGACGAACGCGCCGACCUUCAGGAUCGACUGCUCGCGGCCAAGAGGACCAUUGAAGGCAACAAGGACCGCGACCACCACCGGUACAUUGGCAUCACGGGCCACGCGCGCAUCAAGCUGGACACGUCCCAAAGCACCGUCAUCGAUCCGUCCCAGGAAAUGGUUUCGUUGAGCGACUACGAUCGCAUCAUCUCGGGACACAAUGAAAUGUUUGAAAAAUUCCGCGCUGUCCAAGAACAAUUGGCCGCAGCGACGACGAAGCUCGAUAUGGCCGAAAACAAGGCCGCGCGCUACAUGACGAUCAUGAAGUCGGCGGUGGAAGAGGCGACGGCAUUCGCCACGUCGGUGACGAGCCCGAUGCCGGAGCUCAUGACGCCCCCAAACGCGGCGCCCACGCAGGACUCGGUCCUGAACGAGAGUCCAGUGCAGUCCGGCUCGACACAAGAUACCAACAUGGAGGAAUAAUCGAGCGCCAAAGGGCGACUGCGACACUGGCGAAUGAAAUAGAGGCAAACAUAUCGGAGCAUCACGCGUCGUAGCGUUCUGCAGUGCGAGUACG